AUGUCUUUCCUUCAUAAUCAUUCUUGCGAGUGCGUUAAGUCAGAAUUGGAUUUGUUUGCACUACCGUCUACACAAACUAGCAUUGAAAAUGGAUUGUGGAUUCAUUAUAAACCAAUUUCAUCUCUUGGUGAUGAUGGACCUAUCGAGUUUCAAGUUCCUGGGACCGGCGAUGACUACAUAGAUUUGUCUCAUACAUUACUCCACAUAAAGGCAAAAGUAUUAAAUCAAGAUUCAACUAACUUGGUAUCUACUACAAUAGUAGCACCUGUAAAUAAUUGGCUGCAUUCACUUUUUAGUCAACUUGAUGUUUAUUUAAACCAAAAAUUUGUAUCACCACCUAAUAAUACCUAUGCAUAUCGAGCAUACAUGGAAACCCUUUUAAACUAUGCCCCUGCUGCUAAACAAUCUCAUCUUACUUGUAGUCUUUGGUAUGAGGAUACAGCAGGAAAAAUGGAUUCUACAGAUGGUAAAAACAUAGGAUUUGUUAAAAGACAGGAAUUGAUUAGUGAAAGUAAGGAAAUAGAAAUGAUUGGUCAUCUUCACGGUGACAUUUUUAACCAAGAUAAAUUUUUAAUUAAUGGUGUUGAAAUGAGUGUUAAAUUGGUUCGAUCAAGAGAGAGUUUUAAUUUAAUUGUUGGGUCGAACGAUGUAAAGUUUAAAGUUUGCAUUACGGACGCAACUCUUAUUGUGCGACGAGCACGAAUUAAUCCAAGUGUAUUACUCGCACAUCAAAAAGUUUUAGCUUCUACCACUGCUAAAUAUCCUAUUACUCGAGCUGAAGUAAAAGUUUUAACAAUUCCUUCAGGUGUUCAAGGAAAAACUCUUGAUAAUAUAUUUUUAGGACAGGUACCGAAAAGAUGUAUAAUUGGAUUUGUGAACAAUUCUGCAUUUAAUGGUUCCCUUACUAAAAAUCCAUUUAACUUUGAAAACUAUGGUAUUAAUUCUUUCAGCUUAUAUAUUGAUGGUCAACAAAUACCUUCAAAAGCUUUGCAACCAUCUUUUAAUAAUAGCAUAUUUACAUCAGCAUAUCAUACUCUAUUCUCGGGAACUGGUAUUCACUUUCUUAAUGAAGGAAAUGGAAUCUCUUGUGAACAGUAUGGCAAAGGUUACUGUCUAUUAGCAUUUGACUUAACUCCUGAUUUAUCAGCUAACUCAUCAACUCAUUGGAAUCUCAUAAAGCAUGGUAGUGUAAGAAUAGAAGUACGAUUUGAAUCCUCAUUAAUACAAACAAUUAACUGUAUAGUUUAUGCUGAGUUUGAUAAUAUUAUUGAGAUAGAUAAAAACAGAAAUGUUACUGUAGACUAUAGUAGUUAA